CGAGCCCGGCCCCGGCCCCUGGGAGCCGCCGCUUCGUCUGUGUUGGUGUCCCAAUUAAUGGAUUCUGACAUGGAUUAUGAGAGGCCAAACGUAGAAACCAUCAAGUGCGUCGUGGUCGGGGACAACGCGGUGGGCAAGACCCGGCUCAUCUGUGCCCGUGCCUGCAACGCCACCUUGACCCAGUACCAGCUCCUCGCCACCCACGUGCCCACGGUGUGGGCCAUCGACCAGUACCGCGUCUGCCAGGAGGUGCUGGAGCGCUCCCGGGAUGUGGUAGAUGAUGUCAGCGUGUCCUUGCGCCUCUGGGACACCUUUGGUGACCACCACAAGGACAGGCGCUUUGCCUACGGCAGGUCCGACGUUGUGGUUUUGUGCUUCUCCAUCGCCAACCCCAACUCCCUGCACCAUGUGAAGACCAUGUGGUACCCGGAGAUCAAACACUUCUGCCCCCGCGCCCCCGUCAUCCUGGUGGGCUGCCAGCUCGACCUGCGCUACGCCGACCUGGAGGCCGUCAACCGGGCACGCCGACCCCUGGCCAGGCCAAUUAAACCUAACGAGAUCCUUCCCCCGGAGAAGGGCAGGGAGGUGGCCAAGGAGCUGGGGAUCCCUUAUUACGAGACGAGCGUGGUGGCCCAGUUUGGUGUCAAGGACGUCUUUGACAAUGCCAUCCGUGCCGCCCUCAUCUCCCGCCGCCACCUGCAGUUCUGGAAGUCCCACCUGCGCAACGUGCAGCGGCCCCUGCUCCAAGCCCCCUUCCUGCCCCCCAAGCCCCCUCCUCCCAUCAUCAUCGUCCCGGACCCCCCUUCCAACAACGAGGAGCGUCCGGCCCACCUCCUGGAGGACCCCCUGUGCGCGGACGUCAUCCUGGUGCUGCAAGAGAAGAUCAAAAUCUACGCACACAAGAUCUACCUCUCCACCUCCUCCUCCAAGUUUUACGACCUGUUCCUCAUGGACCUGAGCGAGGAGGACCAGCAGAGCAGCGCGGGGCAUGGCUUCGGGGCGGCCGUCACGGCGGCCGCCGAGCGGAUGCUGCACCAGGAGGAGAGGCACCACGGGCGGGAUUUCCUCCUCAGGGCCGCCAGCUUCGACAUCUGCGAGAGCGCCGAGGAGGCCGGACCCGGCCAGCGCAAACCGUGCCUUAGAGCCUCCACCAGUGACGGGAUCCUGCGGGGCGACCGCUACGAGAACGGCGAGCGCGGGCUGCGGCGCGGCCGGAACCUCUCCUCGUGGAGCAGGGCCUUCACCAGCAUCCAGGAGGAGAUGGCCGAGGACCCGCUGACCUACAAGUCCAAGCUGAUGGUGGUGGUGAAGAUGGACGCGUCCAUCCAGCCGGGGCCUUUCCGGGCCGUGCUGAAGUACCUGUACACGGGCGAGCUGGACGAGAACGAGCGGGACCUGAUGCACAUCGCUCACAUCGCCGAGCUGCUGGAGGUGUUCGACCUGCGCAUGAUGGUGGCCAACAUCCUCAACAACGAGGCGUUCAUGAACCAGGAGAUCACCAAAGCCUUCCACGUCCGGAGGACCAACCGGGUGAAGGAAUGCCUGGCCAAGGGGACUUUCUCGGAUGUCACCUUCGUGCUGGAUGAUGGUGCUAUCAGUGCCCACAAGCCCCUGCUCAUCUCCAGCUGCGACUGGAUGGCCGCGAUGUUCGGCGGCCCCUUCGUGGAGAGCUCCACCAACGAGGUGGCACUCCCUCACACCAGCAAGAGCUGCAUGCGGGCGGUGCUGGAGUACCUGUACACGGGGCAGUUCAGCUCCAGCCCCGACCUGGACGACAUGAAGCUCAUCAUCCUCGCCAACCGCCUCUGCCUGCCGCACCUGGUGGCUCUCACAGGUGAGUCUGGGUGGCUGCAGCACGGCAGGGUGGCUGUCACCCCGUCCCAGCCACCCCUGAGCCCGUGUGUGUCCCCCUGUGCAGAGCAGUACACGGUCACCGGGCUGAUGGAGGCGGCGCAGAUGAUGGUGGACAUCGAUGGGGACGUGCUCGUGUUCCUGGAGCUGGCUCAGUUCCACUGCGCCUACCAGCUCGCCGACUGGUGCCUGCACCACAUCUGCACCAACUACAACAACGUCUGCCGCAAGUUCCCCCGCGACAUGAAGGCCAUGUCGGGAGAGAACCAGGAGUACUUCGAGAAGCACCGCUGGCCGCCGGUGUGGUACCUGAAGGAGGAGGAUCACUACCAGCGGGCGAAGAAGGAGCGGGAGAAGGAAGACUACCUCCACCUCAAACGGCAGCCCAAGAGGCGCUGGCUCUUCUGGAACGCCUCCUCCUCCCCUUCUUCCUCUCCUUCAUCGUCGGCAGCCACAGCCUCCUCUUCCUCCUCCUCCUCCUCCUCCUCGGCUGUGGUUUGAAAGCCCCGUCCUUGCCCUGGGAGGAGACGGGGAGGAGGAGGAGGAGGAGGAGGAGGAGGAAGGGCGGGAUGCCCUGCCCCAGCGGCGGAGCAGCGGCCCCGCAGCAGAGCAGAGGGGCGGCCGCUGGGGAGGGGCUCAGCCCUGCUCUCCCCGCGGCGGGACCGGCAGAGCCCGAGCAGCAGGAGGAACUCGCGUUUACAGGAGCACCAGGGCUGUGCUGUGGUUUCAUUUCGUGUGGAAUUUUCGUUGGAAAUUGGUUUUGUUUUUUGGAACAUCAUCAGCACGAGGAAGAAGAAGAUGAAGAAGAAGAAGAAACACAUCCAGCUUCCACUUGGAUUUGGAACCAGAAGCUCUGGGAUGUGGUUUGGGUGUCUGAUGGCAUCUCACCACCUGGAGCCACCGUGGGGGUCCUGCCACCCCCUUGGACUCGCAGCAGGGUCAGGCACAGGGCAGGGGACCCUGGCCCCCAAAUGCCUCCAGGCACUGCAGGAUUUCCCCUACAAGUGGGGUUUGUCCUAAUUCAGGGCAUGGAGAGGACCAGAGUCCUCUCCUCCCUGUUCUUAACUCUUCAGUUUUGUUUAGACAGAAACUUAAAGCAAAAAAAAAAGCCCCAAACCCAAACCCACUCCCUCAAUCUGCCACACCAGAAACCAACCCUGAGCCCUGGGCUGGGGAUUUUAGCCUGGAAGGCUCCAUUGUAAUAAAUGGUAUUUUAAAAGCCCGGCGUGGUCCCUGUGUGUGUGGGAGGAGCAGCUGGACAGGCACAUCCCUGUGCCAGGCUGGGGUGAUGCCAUCCCCCCCUUCCAGCGCUCCUGGGACGGGCAGGGACAGCCAGGCCUGGCAGGACCCACCCCUGCUACAACACCAGGUGGCUUUUCCAUCGGACUGACUCUGCCUGUCCCACCUGUGUCCCUGCAGGGCUGCCAGGCAGGGCAGGAGGCACCCAAACCUCCUCACCCUCCCCAGCUGGGAUGGGGAAAGCUCCUUGGAGCCCAUCCCUGCAGAGGCUGCUGCUGGAGGAGCACCCAGGGAUGCUCCUGGUGGCUCCCACCCCACACUGCUCCUCUGGCCCCUGGAGCCUCCCCCUGUGCAUGGCCGCCCUCAGCCUCGCUGCAGGAGCCAGGUGGCUCCUCACCCUCGGUGUUGUGAGCAGGUAGGACCACAACUUCCUCUCCUUUUCACACAACCUGGGCACUCACCGCUGCUUCUGAGUCCUGUUUGCCUUGCCCAGGCCAGGACCCGAGCCCUGGCGCUGAAGCCUGCAUGUGCCCAGGCCUGCAUGCUCAGGGGCACAGGGCAAUGCCCAGGAGGGGCCCCUGGGCACGAACCCUCCCCUCCGGGCAGCUCAACAGCAGCUCCUGCUUUUCACCCCAGCCCCACGCUCCUGAACGGCCCCUGUGCAGUGCAGGGGCUGGGGAGCAGCUGCAGGGGCGUUUUGGGGGGCUGAGCAGAGCCCUUUUGUCACUAAGCACUGCAUGGAUUUGCAACACAGCUACUGCAACACACAGAGCCCUGGCUGGUGGCGCCGGAGCCCUCGAUGGCACAGGGACGGUGGCACCCCCUGCUCUGGCACGGAGCUCUGGUCUGGGGUAAAGAAAGGCCAGGAUGGCUGCUGAGGGCUUUCCCUGGCACAAAGGACCCUUGGGGACUGGUGGGACCAUUCCUGGUGGGGUGGCUGAGCAUUAAUUCCAUGGGCUGAGUCCUCAGUGCCACGUGGAGCAACUGGUGUCCACUGGGACCCUGGACCUUGGUGGCCAUUGAGACCCCUCACCAGAGUUCUGGGGGGAAAACAAAUCAAACCAGACGAGAAAAUCAGGAAGAUUUUUUUUUUUUUUUAAAUUAAACCUUCAUAAACAGAAAUGUAAAAAACUGGAGACGCAGACUGGCUGGGCCAGAGCUCUGUAUAAAACACACAACCAUGCAUAACAAAAACAAUAUUUUUAUAAAGCUUUUAAGUUAAUAUAUGUAAAGUUUACGAUUACUAAAUAAAUACGUACAAAAG